AUGGAGGGUUGGCGCCACCCAUAUCCAGAAGGCAGCAGACUCGAUGCCUUUCGCCGCCACGUGAACCGCGUGUACAGGCUGCGCCUCCAGACAUAUGAUGACAUCCACACCUGGUCUGUGGAGAACCUAGAGCAGUUCUCUCGGGCAACAUGGGACUUCUGUGGCAUCAUCUACAGUGUUCCCCCGGAGAAGGUGGCCAAUGGACUCCCCAACAUGUGGCCUCGUCCUGAAUGGUUUCCGGGCGCGCGACUCAAUUACACCGAGAAUAUCCUUGCAGCCGGCCUGGCAAACCAUCCUGACCAGAUCGCUUUAUCAGCACUUCGCGAAGCGGGCACCCACUGCCGCCAUUUGACUUGGAGCGAUCUACGACACCUUGUUGCACAUUACGCCAGUGCCAUGCGAGCCGCAGGCAUACAGAAGAGCGACCGAGUAGCAGCCAUUCUGUCAAACUCCAUCGAAGCCGUAGGCCUUCUGCUUGCUGCUGGAUCCAUCGGAGCCAUUUUCUCCUCCACAGCACCCGAUCUAGGAGCCUCCGGCAUCGUUAGUCGAUACGAGCAAAUUCGGCCAAAGAUCUUGUUCGUCGACUCCGAGGUCUUUUAUGCUGGGAAGCACAGAGUUUUGCACAAGAAACUGGCAACAGCGAUCACCCAACUAAGGCAACGGGUCCCAGAGUUGCAAAAGGUAGUCACGGUAUCAGGGUCAAAUUCAUUCUUGAAGGAAUGCAGAUCUGGAACGACAGGGACUCCUAAAUGCAUCUGCCACUCCGGCGGAGGUGCACUCCUCCAGCAAAAGAGGGAGCUCAUCUUGAGCACCGACUUAAACAGUGACUCAACAUAUUACCAAUACACAACUACUGGCUGGAUGAUGUGGAACUUUCUAGUCGGAUCGCUCAGCGUCGGAUCUCGAAUUGUGUUGUAUGAUGGGAGCCCCCUACACCCAAGUGCAGCAUUCCAAGUCAAGCUCUUGGAAGAACAGAAGUAUGUUUGCCCUGGCUUGAUUCCUAACUACAUGACGACUGAGCCGUUAGAAUCACUGCGCUAUGUUAUUUCAUCUGGGUCCCCUCUGUCCUCCGAGGUGGCACACUGGUUUAGAGAUAGCUUCCCAAAGCGCGUUGGCUUGUUCAGCGGUUCUGGCGGAACAGAUCUGGUGGCAGGAAUAAUCAACGGAAAUCCCAUGGUGGAAAUAUUUGAUGGGGAGCUCGCCUCAUCUCAGUUAGGCAUGAAUGUGCAGGUGUGGAAUGCACAUGGGUGCGACAUUGGCAUGACAGGUGAACGCGGCGAUCUCGUGAUCACCACGCCGUUCUUCAGUAUGCCAGUCUGCUUUUGGGGCGACAAAGAUAACGAGAAGUACCGCAAGGCCUAUUUCCAGAAAUUCCCGGGGGUUUGGUGUCAUGGGGACUUCGUACUCAAGAACUUCGUCACAAAGGGCUACGUGAUCCUUGGUCGCAGCGACGGCGUCUUGAACCCCGGAGGGAUCCGUUUCGGAACUGCGGAAAUAUACGCUGUCGUCGACCAGAUCGCUCAAAUCGAAGACUGCAUCGCCGUUGGGCAACGGCGCCCAGGCGAAAAUGAUGAACAAGUCCUCCUGUUCCUCAAAACCGAGGCAGCGGACUUUGAUGGCCUUCAGCAGAAAGUCAAGGCCGCUAUCCGGGAGCAGGUCGGCCCCAGGCAGGUUCCCGCCUACAUUUGCCAGGUUCGGGAUAUACCUUAUACAUUGAACGGCAAGAAGAUUGAAAUGGUGGUCAAGUCUAUCGUGUGCAAGGGGAAAUUGACGAAUUUGGACUCUGUGGCCAACCCAGAGUGCCUGGAGGAGUAUGCAAAAUUCGCGGACCUUCCACUCUCAUCAGAAGCAGCCAGAUUGUAG